CCGGAGCCUGGCCGGGGAGCGAGCGGGGUCCGGGUAGCGCCCGAGUUCCGCCCGCUUCUCCCGCAGGCCUUGGCCCGCUCCGGAGGGAGGGAGAGAGGGCCGCGUUCCCGGGGAGCGCUGAGGGCCGGGAUGGCCCGCGGGAUGGCUGCCUGGCCCCGGGACCCUCCCCGGCAGCGCUGGUUCCCCGUGCUGCCUCACACGCCUGCAGCCGGCCGGCUCCCGAACAGCUUCCCGGGGGCCGUUGGAGGCUCGAAGCGGUUGUGUCACAUAGCGGGGCCUCUGUGUUUCAGUAAUUGCUGCUGGGUUUGACCCUCGCUCCAUUGUGUGUGCUGUGGCUCCUGAGUUCCUGGUGAACCGCCUCUUGCUGUGAAGAUAAUUCUGUGCACGCAGCCUGGCCUUUCUGUAUUUCCAUGCAAGGAUCCCCGGGUGUUGAGUGUCAUGUAAAAACAACACUUUCAUGUGAAAAGAGAAAAUGGCUUCAAGAGGAACAACAGAGACCAGUAAACUAAAACAAAACUUGGAGGAGCAGUUGGACAGAUUAAUGCAGCAACUUCAAGAUCUAGAAGAAUGCAGAGAGGAGCUGGAUGCAGAUGAGUAUGAAGAGACCAAAAAAGAAACUCUAGAGCAGCUGAGUGAGUUCAAUGACUCCCUGAAGAAGAUUAUGUCUGGAGAUAUGACUUUGGUGGAUGAGCUCAGUGGCAUGCAACUGGCAAUACAAGCAGCCAUCAGCCAAGCAUUUAAAACUCCAGAAGUGAUUAGAAUGUUUGCAAAGAAGCAGCCGAGGCAAUUGAGGACAAGGCUGGCGGAGAUGGACAGAGACUUAAUGGUUGGGAAGUUGCCACGAGACCUGUACACCCAGCAGAAACUAGAAAUCCUGACUGCCCUCAGAAAGCUUGGUGAGAAGCUCACUGGUGAUGAUGAGAUGUUCUUGUCAACAAAUGCUGGUACAGCCCUGAGCCAAUUUGAGAGAGUCUCCACUGACCUUGGAUCAGGAGACAAAGUCUUUGCUCUUGCGAGUGUUGAAGUAGAAAAGGCAAAACAAUGAAGAGGUUCGUGAGGCUUGUGUCUCCAGUUAUCAGCAGCAUUGGAUUUUGGUCGUACUGCGUUUGGUUUUUCUAUUUCUUACAUGUUGAAAAAAAAGCAAAGCAAAACAAAAAACCCAAGUCCUAAAUCUCUUGGGUCCUUAACCAGAAGAUAUGAAGUAAACAGCCUUAAGUGCACUUUGGAACCUUGGUGUCUGUACCCUUUAAGUAAUACAAGCUCUGAGGCUGAACACUAAGUGGAACUCUAGAACAAAAGCAUGGUAUGACUGUCUUUGGAAAGGGUCAGCUGUUUUGAAGUUUUCUGAAUGUGUAUUUCUCUAACAAUUAAAACUUAAUCUUUUUGCA